CUCACCUUAAAAAUUCAAACCAAACUUCCAUAAAUCCUCAAAAUCUCACUGAAAAGAAUCUCAAUUUCUCUAUCAAACAAAAGACAAGUUAAAAAUGGGAGAUUUUUACUGUCACAACAACGAAGUAGAAGCACAAGAAGAAGAAGAAGAAGGUAUUACACUUCCAUUCAAAGUAGAACUAAUGUUACACCAAAUCUGUAAAAAACAAAGACAAAAUCCACCUGAUAACAAAGUACGAAAACUCCUUUCCACCAUAGGAGAAGAAGCUUCACUUGAUAUUUUGAGACAAAUAUCAGAUUGUCAGAUUAAAAAAACACUAAGUGCAUUUAUUGUUUUUAUGGUAAAAAAAUACUAUCCAUCUCAAACUCAACAACACAAUUAUGAUCAACAACAAGUCAGUUCUGCUGAGAGUUUUUAUCAUUCGCCUCAGAUACAAAGAAUGUCUAUUUCUUCUCCAAAUUCUUCUUGUUCUUCAGUUCAUUUUUCUCCUAGAAAUGUGCCACUUUUUCCGGGCACUGGUCUUAAUAAUGACAUUUUAGGUGAUGCAUUUGAUUCUCCUACAUCAGCUUCACGAAUACCAUCACCUCCAAUGAGUCCAGCAACAACUAGCUUUCAAAGAUAUCAGUACGAUCCUAGGCCAUCUGAAUUUAGAGAGAGGGCCAACACACGAGGAAUAAGUGAACAGUUGCUGGCACUUAGUAAGCUUGAAUUCAGGAAAUUCUUUUUGAUCCUAAACUACAUUGGGAGGAGGAAGUUGGAGGAUGUUAUUAUGCUCCAUGAUGUUGAUGACAUUUUGCAUCUGAUAUAUCACCCUAUGUCUCAUUUUGAGUCAUAUAUCUGGAAUAAAUAUGGUCAUCUUUGUGAAGAUAAUAAACGAGUGCAGUAUCUUGAUUGGGAUUCAGGAAAGACUCAUCUCUACCAUUGCCAUGUUCAUUCGGAUGGAAGCUACACUUUUAAGGGUCCGUACCUGAAAGCAGAAAGAACCCAUCUGCAACAGUCAUUAGGAGAUGAGAAUGUAUUGGUUGUCAAGUUUGAGGAAAACGCCCCAGGGUGUCCAGAAGAGAUUGUUCAGAAUGGAAUUCUUGUUGGUUUGAGGCGCUAUCGCUUUUUUGUUUACAAGAAUGAGGGGAAGAAGAAAAGUUCAAAGGACAAAGAGGAAAAGAUUGAUUCUGUCAAAUGCUACUUUGUUCGGAUGGAAUCUCUUAAUCCUUGUGAAGAAGAAACUUACAUUUUGCACGACAAGACAGUCCAUGAAGCAAGGUGCCAUUUCAUGCAUGUACACACGGUCUCUAGCAUGGCUAAAUACAUGGCCAGGUUCUCUCUAAUUUUAUCCACGACAGUAAAGCUUCAAGUUGAUCUGAAUUCAGUGAAUAUUGUAGAAAUCGAAGAUAUAUAUUGUCAUGAUGAGAAUGGAUGUAUUCUCUAUGAUGAAGAUAAGAAACCCCUUGUACACACAGAUGGGACUGGAUAUAUUUCAGAAGACUUGGCAAGAAAGUGCCCUCAAGAUUUUUUUAAAGUGAAGCAUAAGUAUGCCAACUUAGAGAAAUAUCCCAAUGGUGUCGAACUUGGGGGGAAUCCAUUUGAGUUGGGAGAGGUGGAGUUUCAGAAUGGGGAACCGCCUCUGUUGAUGCAGUGCCGUAUAUUCUACAAUGGUCUUGCUGUAAAGGGAACCCUUCUAGUCAAUAGAAAGUUGCCACAGCGUACAAUUCAGAUUAGGAGGGACUCAAUGAUCAAGGUCAAGGCAGAUCCAAAUCUGUCAAGAGUUCCAACGUUUAACUCAUUGGAAAUAAAUACACCCAGUGUUAAACCUAGGAAUAGUUAUCUAUCAAGAACUCUUAUUGCUCUAUUGACUUAUGGAGGUGUUCCCAUGGAGUAUUUCUUUGAUAUACUUAAGAAUACUUUGGAGGAGACACAAAGGUUAUACUCAGAUGAGGUGACAGCACUAAAAGUUACAGUGAACCAUAGAGAUCGUGAUGAUGCCUCUAUUGCCACAAGUAUGAUAAUGGCUGGAGUACCUCUCACUGAACCAUAUCUUUGGUGUUGUUUAUCUUCCCUGGCAAAGGAAGAAAGAAAUGGGCUGAAAGCAGGAAGACUUCCUAUCUCUGAUACUUUCUAUCUAAUUGGCACAGCUGAUCCCACUGAUACUUUAAAUCCUCGUGAAGUCUGUGUUAUUCUUGAACAUGGGCAAAUAUUUGGAGAGGUACUAGUAUACAGGAAUCCUGGGCUUCAUUUUGGUGAUAUCCACAGACUACGUGCUGUCCCUGUGAAGAACCUCGGAGACAUAGUUGGAAAUGCUAAAUAUGGAAUAUUUUUCUCGACAAAAGGUCCAAGAUCCGCGGCCACUGAAAUUGCUAAUGGCGAUUUUGAUGGAGAUACAUAUUGGGUCUCUCAAAACCCCCAGCUGUUAAAAUAUUACACUGCGAGUACACCGUGGAGCCGAAUCUAUUCAACGCCGAAGACAUCGCAUAGGGAGCCCAACAACUUCUCUGCAGAGGAAAGGGAGCACGAGCUCUUUCGGACAUUUCUAAAAACUAGGAUGCCAAACUAUAGCAUGGCUGACGCUUCUGCUAACUGGUAUGCGCUCAUGGAUAGACUUCUGAUAUUGGGGAAAAAUAACACCACCGAGAAUGAAGAGACGAGGUCUGUGACAGAAAAGUUGUCCGAGUUGAUUGAUUUGUACUAUGACGCUAUAGAUGCCCCAAAAAGUGGGAAUAAGGUCUCCGUACCAAAGAGGUUGAAGGUAGACAAGUUUCCACAUUUCUUGCAAAAGAAAGAAAGCUAUCACUCUACCUCAGUCUUAGGAGAAAUUUAUGACCGGGUUGAUAAAUUUAAAGCUGAAGAACCAACGGCUGUAGAAAUUAAAAAACUUUCGGUUUUUGAGGUCGAAAUCCCCAAGACAUACUGGAGGUUAUGGAAAGAAAGGUACAGCAGUUACAGACGUGAGAUGACGGAAGCGCUGAACACCGGCAGUGAAUCAAAAAAUGACUUAGCUGACCAGGUUAUCAAAAAGUACAAACAGCUGCUAUAUGAAGCGCCGGAUAUGGAGGAGAGCGUAAGGAGUAAAUUGGACAUAUUUAACGAUGCGCUUGCUAUUUAUCGCGUGACUUAUGAUUAUGCAAAAGCUAAAGGCGACGUCAAAAAAUGUGGUUUUGCAUGGAAAGUUGCAGGUUCAGCCCUUUGUAGGCUUCAUGCUGAGCUCCAUGCUAAAGAACAUAACCAAAACGUCAUGGCCGUUUCACCUUCUAUAUUGCACAAAUUAUUGAACUUGAGGAACAAAGAAGUCUCUUAGCAUGUAAAUAUAUGUGUUGAUGAUUUAGUGUAUAUAUUGCUAUUUAGUGUAUAACCCACUUGUGAGAUCGCACGCACUAUGUUUUGUUGUAUAUUGCUAUUAGUGGGUACCUAUUUUAGUGUAUAUAUUGCUUUUGUUGUGUUUGUAUAUUUUCCUCCCGAAUCUUUACGUUAGCCGACUUUUAAUAAAAACAAAAUACGGACAUUUUGGUAAA